AUGGCUUCGAUUGAAGUGCUCAAGAACCAGGUAGAUGUGCAGAUAGAGUGGCUGUACAAGGGGAAGAAGCGCAAGCUGCCCAAGGCAGGGAGUGUGGAUCCCAUGCGCAGCGAUCCCAUGGACGGGAACAGGCUCGGGAGGAGGGCUACGAUCUCUGUGCGGGAGACCAUGCCAGAGGGCGUGGCGAGGAGGCGACCCAGGUCUAGCUCAAUCUCAAACGGUGACCUCUCGAAUGACAAAAGUGCGCAACGGGAGGCGCCCGCUACGGAUUACUCAAGGAGGCACAGCGUGUCCCACAGCGAGAAGGAGAAGAAGAAAUCCAUAUUUGGGUCACUAUUCGGUAAGAAGAGCGACAGUACUGAUAAGAAACCCCCACAGUCGAGUGCGAAGUCACCCGUGUCGGUGAAAACCAGUACUUCCUCUGCGUCCCCAACCGCUUCUGUACCAAUUAACAUCAACGUCAACCGUGAAAAGCCUAAAUCCCACGAACCGAAGUCUCCUAGCUCACCACUUAGAUUAUUUCAUUUUGGACAGUCCAAUUCUGAGAGUCACGCGGCUCCAAUCUCAAGGGGCUCGCCUUCUCCCUCCAUGGAUCCACUCGAUGAAAGAAUUGAAAGCUCAAAACAUCACCAUAGUCAUCAUGACCAAGGGCAAAGCAGAGACAAAGAAUCGAUUGAAAAAUUGAAUAAAAUUGACUUGAAGAGAGUCUCUUUUGCCUUGGACAAAUUCCAUCAUGAACCAGCACAACAGCUUCCUUCCAGGAAACCCAAGAUGGGAGAUAUCGUGGUGCCUGAAGACAUGAUCAGCGAAGAACCUAAGAUAUCUGUAGGUAUUACUACGACUUCAGAUAAUAAAGCCUCUUCUGCCCCAAAACGUAAAUAUAGCAAGGAUUCACAGGAGUACAAAAUGGUUUUGGAAAACUACAAGAGGUUGCAGAAAGAGUCAGAGAGGCAGCAACUAGAAGCUCAUCGAGUAGCUGAGAGAAUUGCCAACGAGGUGACUGGUUAUAGAAUUAGAUCUGGCUCCCUUUUUGAAGCGGCACAUAACGCUGUUGUUAACAAAGUUUUGAGCCCUUCAAGUCCAACUGAAGCGUCUGUGAUCGACUCUGAUCCCACUGUUGCUCUUGACUCGCGUGUAGCUGAACUGACAAUUGAUAAACCUAUACAUGCUCACGAAACUUUUUUUGAGACAGAAGGUUAUGACUCUUCGACGUCUCAGGUAAACUCAAACCCUGAUCUACAUCAACAUCAUCAUGAGCUACCUUUGGAUGUUGUAUACACAAGAUGUUGUCAUCUAAGAGAAAUAUUGCCUAUUCCAUCAACUUUAAGGCAAGUAAAAGGUAAGACUGCUCCCUUACAAACUCUUAAGUUUUUGAAUCCUAAACCUACACUCAUUGAUAUUCUUUCUUUCUGUGAUUUUAUUUCAAUUACGCCUAUUCAAGUUGUUGUUUUUGAUAAUGUUGCACUAAAUUCAGAUAUGAUCCAAAUUGUAUUGUCCUCUUUAAUUAACUCAAAAUCCAUAGAAAAGCUGGGCAUUCGUAAUGUUGUUUUAAGUUCCAAGGACUGGGAGAUGCUUUGUAAAUUUUUAUUGGUUAACAAGUCCAUUAUUCGCCUCGAUCUUUCCCAGACAAAGAUUAAGCCUGAUCUACCCGCAGAAUGUUAUCGCCAUAAUAUGAACUGGAAAUUGUUCUGCAAUGUAUUACGUGAACGCACUGGGAGACCUUUAGAAGAGUUGUUGUUGAAUGGUGUCCAUUUUGAUGAAAUGAGUUUUGAUGACUAUCAAGAUUUGUUGCUAACUUUUGCUAGUAAAAAUUCAAGUCCAAAUAAAAGACUUGGUAUGGCAGCUGCAUCUUUCUCAGAAAAAUGUAUGUCAUUUCUAUUUGAUGUUAUUUCUCAAUUCAGUGUUCAAGGUGUUGACUUGGGAUUUAAUGAAUUGGAGCCUUAUAUCCAUAUUAUCAUUGACAAACUUUCAACGUUACCUUACAAUAACUUGGAAUAUUUCACACUAAACAGCUCUUCGUUUUCAUGUACUCAAAAUAUUGGAUCGUUGUUGAAGUACCUGUCUAGGCUUCCUAAUUUAAGAUUUUUGGAUAUGAGUAACAUACCAGAGAUGUUUCCUUCGGUAUUUGCAUAUCUCUACAAGUAUUUGCCUUUAUUUCCAUCUCUUCAGAGAAUACACUUUGAUUCAAAUUGUUUGACAUAUAAACAAUGUAUCAUGCUUUGUGAGAUACUGCAAAAAUGUCCCAAACUGGCACAUGUUUCAAUGAAAAACGAACUCACAUACCCUGAAGCUAUCAAGGAUCAAGAGAAGGAAGAUGGAUCGGAUGAUAAAUCAACGAAAGAAUUUGCAGCCCGGACUUUAGGAGCAACAUUGUAUGGAUUUUGUAGAGAUAGAUCAACCUUAUUGGGUUUGGACGUUGAUUAUGGUGAUAUAUCAGAUGAAAUUCAAUCUAGAAUAGCAGUAACAUUGAUGAUUAACAUGAAAAAAACUAUUGAUUCAAACUUUUCUCAGGAUGAAGUAACAUCACAAGAUGAUUUGUUGUUUGAUGGUAAAGUCAUUUCUGAAAACGCAGAAGGAAUAUUGCAUCGUUUGACUAGUAAUUUGGGAGACCAAUCAGAUCCAACAAAAAUGUAUUUACUAAAGAAAUUUGUUGAGAAGAUUGAAAGUUUACAUUAUGAAGUCCAAAAGAAGAUCGAUAUUAUGUUUGAGAAACGAGAAACUGGUACAUUACCAUUAAAAGAGAAGGAAAACUUGUUAAGAUUAGUUUUGCUAGAAAAAAAUUUAUCCAACAUAAUGCAACUAUUUGCAUCAACUUCGUCAAUGAAAAUUAUGGAGACCCCUGAAGCCGAAUUGAUUGGAAAGGCCAAUUUUGCCGAUGACAGUAACGACAGCGCUGAUGAAAAAAAUAACUCCACUAAUACGAGUCACAUCCGUCCAUUCCUAAAACACUUGGAUUCUGAUAGGAUAUUUGGGUUUGCUAGUCACCAUUCACCUAAGUCCCCAGAUGUGGAUGCUAGUCAAAUACCACAUUCUAUGGCUACCGAAUCAGGAAAGGUUGUGGAUGCGACAACUGGUAAAGCGCUACUUUAUAAAACCUCAUCAAGUACUUCCUUGUUAGUUAAGAAGCAGGAGCAUGAAGAAGGUGAAUUCCAUAAGUGGGGUUUUUUUGUUCACCAGAAGGGGACUACUAAUCCUGAUACCGAUGAUAAGAAAAGUGGACCUGAAAAAACUCCUAAUGUAUCGGAAAACACUAAUGCACCAGAAAGAGUUACUGUGCCAAAAAUACAAACUGUGCCUUCAGGUAAUGAAUUAAGAGAAGCUAUUAUCAAGGCUAAAGGUAUUGAUAGUAUCGAGGAUCUAAUAAAGAAAGUUAGUAAGGAUGAUCAUGGUUUGAAGAAAAUCUAUGGUGAGUCCUUGAAACCGUUCCCCAUUUUGGGAGCUCAAGAUGUGGACUAUACUUCACGCAACGCAUCUGAGGGUAAUACCGAAGCUUCUGGAAGAUCAACUUCUACCGAUUCUAAAACGGAUGAAUUGGUGACAGAGAAGUAUGAUGAGCUAUUAAACUCUAUAUCACAAAAGAGAACUAGCAAGCAAUGA